UACAUGACACGUAAGGAGAACGCUUGCACCUUAUACCAACUUGCAGUGCACAAAUCUCUGAGGAUUGUGGAGAAAGCUUUGUGGCUAAUAUUGUUUGUCUACAAAUGCAAGAUGAAAUUAACGUCUUGGACCCCGGAACAAAACUGUACAGUGUUUCUGAAUAUGUUUAAGACAUCAAAUGAAGUGAGAAAGUUGUCGGGCGAAUUGAUGUUAUCUAUGUUGACUGAUUACUCCGAUGCUCGGAAGUUAACUUCGAUAUUAGACUUUUAUAUUCAAUAUAAGAGCAGCCCCGAGGACAUACCGAUUUUGAUUGAUGCCCUUUGGGGAUUCAAUUACAUGACAAAUGUUGAAAAUAUAAUUAUUUUAUUUCAAAGUCCUGUCAGGGACAGUAAUACGAUGGAUUUCCAGAUUAGAAAUGCGGCUCUAGCUCAUUUUUGGGUGGCCAUGGUUGAUCGACUGAUAAAAUGUGAUUCCUACGAUCGAGAGAAAGUGGUCAAUUUCUUGAAAGCUAUGCCGUUCCUACUAAAAAAAUUACAAAAUACACCAGUUGCAGUUACCAUUCUUUGUAAAAUAUUCUCGAUGGUGGAUUUGGCAAUGUACGAACCACAUUAUAUUGGAGACAAAAAGUAUGCCGAUGACCUCAGUAAGCAGUUCGGGCAUAUUUUGUCGCAGUGCAGCGAUUAUCAAUGCUUACAGAGUAUUAUGAAAGCUUUUGUUGAGUUCUCAUCUGCAGGAUUCGCGGAGUUUAAAAUUGGAUUUUCAAGAAUAGCUGUUUCCAUUUUAAAUGGCUUUGAAGCAGUCAAUUAUAAAUGGGCAACUGAGGGAGAUGGGGUUGGUGAUGAAGGUUUUGAAGAGCUUAAAUUGGCAUCGUGUAGGUUGUCUAUACUAUUAAGUCAUGAAUUCACACUUGAUGAAAGUGAAUUUCAAGCAAUUUACGACAUUUUGAACAUUACCAUUUUUACCAAUGACCACCUCAAACACAUACCUCAGAAGUUCAGGAUAAUAGAAAUAUAUUAUUUAGAAUCUUUUUCGAAUUUGUUGCUGACAAGAUUAAUUCAAAUAUUGGACGCAUCUCAAAUUGAUAGCGAAUACAUAUUGCAAACUAAAAACAAGAUAAUAAUGGUUUCUAGUCGACUCCAAGAACUGUUGACGCAGUCAGAGGAAAGCCUGUUCAAUCGGGAAAAGGUGACUGUGUUAUGGCAAUUUCAGUGAUGGAUUUUUAACGUCUGCUGCCUUUUUAGAUCAUUCAGACGAUAAUACACUUACUUCUAAGUUUGCAACCAACUUUUGUUUUAAGAAAAGAAUCGCAUUUACGGGUUUUGGGAGAGGCGUUGAAUCCAGAUACUUAUCGUUGUGUCAUUGGAGUUUGUACGGAUCUUCUAUGCGAUGAUAAAA